AUGUCGGAGAAGCAAAUUAAGGAAACCGUCCUAGCUUUGGACCGCGAUGGAGACGGUAUGUUGGAUUAUUCUGACACAUUGUCCGUGGUUCGGGCGUUGGGAAUCUAUUGGCCCAGCGGUAAAGAAGCGAAGGAGAUGAAGGAUCUGGGUUUUGAGGCUGACACGCGCAUGGACUGUGCAAAAGUGGCUGCGGCGGUGAGCAAGCUAGCAGCACAGGCUAAUCCUAAAAAAACUUUGACGGAGAUGUUCAAGACAUUCGACCGGAAAAACGAUGGCACUAUCCAGGAAUCUGAGUUGCGAGAGGUUCUGAAAGUUCUCGGCGACACUCUCAGUGACCCGGAGAGAGAUCAACUCUGCUCCCUCGGUGCCAAAAACGGAACCAUUUCAUACGCAGAACUCGUCGACAAACUUCUUAGCUGA